UCGGAGGUUUGGUUUUGAGGGGCUGAUCGGCUCGUUCUUUGAGCUCGAGAAACCCUUGGAUUCGGAUUCGCCAUGGCUGCGAGGAUCGCUGCGAGGUACGUCGCUCGGAGGCUGUCUACCGGGGGGAAGGUGCUCAGCGAGGAGGAGAAGGCGGCGGAGAACGUUUACAUCAAGAAAAUGGAGAAAGAGAAGUUAGAGAAGCUUGCGCAUAAGGGCCCAAAACCAGGAGAGCAAACCCCAGCAGCUGAUGUGAAGCCCAGCACACCUCCAGGAUCAUCAACUGCUGCUGGUGUUUCAACAGACGAGAACCGCAACUAUGCCGUACUUGCUGGGACAGUUGCUGCUGCUUGUGGUCUGGGCUGGUAUCUCUUGUCUAAACCAAAGAAAUCUGCAGAAGUCGCAGACUGAAGCUUCUCUGUGGUUGAAGAUACCACAAACCCUUUUGCUUGUCUUGUUUGUUAACCGGAUAGUGCGCUGAGUGCCUACAGGUUUACCCUCUCCAUCUGAGGUGGGAAUUCAAUGCUUCUGCUCCAGUUUCCAUCCAGCUUGCACUGCUCUGUUACAAUUAUUCAAAGCAGUAUCAUUCAGCUGUCGAAAUAAGUUCCGUUUUUUCUGCAA